AUGAGCGACGCUGAUUGGGACACCAAAGUUGUUAUCGGCAACAAAGCCCGCACCCCAAAAGUUACCAAGGGAAAUGCUGAAGUGAACGCCGCACGACGAGCAGGUGCCAUUGUCUCCACCGACAAGAAGUCAACUGCCAGCAACAAGGGCCACGUUGGUCCUGACCACCAAAAGAUUGCUAAGCUAGACCGCGAGAACGACGUGGCUCCACCUUCCAAGGUCGCCCCCUCAGUCGGCAAGGCCAUGCAGACUGCCCGCAUGGAGCUUAAGCUCUCGCAAAAGGACGUUGCCGCGAAGAUCAACGAGAAGCAGUCGGUUCUCCAGGACUACGAGUCUGGGAAGGCCAUCCCUAACCCCAGAUUCUCGGAAAGCUUGAGCACUUAUCACCCGAUCGGGUACUCAGGUAGCGAUAUUGGGAAAAAGCUGGAGGGGCCCAAGAAGUCGACUUGA